AUGGCGAACAAAACGGUUCUAACGGUUAUAUUACUCGCCAUUACUUUUGUUAUUGUCGUACAUUCAAAGCUGGAUUUCACGAAUGUUAAAUGCAUUUCCCUCGAUAAUUCUACCGUGUACUUCGAUAUCUGUUUAUUAAAGUCCGUUAAUCGCACCUACAAAUAUUUAUCGAUAAGGGCUAGAUUCCCCAGAAAGCAACCAACUUACGACAUAAAGGUGAAUUUCGCCAUACUGCGAAGGGAAAACGGCUACAAACCCUUUCUGUACAAUAUAACCAUUGAUGCCUGUAAAUAUCUGAAAACGCACAACAACCCCGUCAUUCGCUUCGCACAUCAGUUUUUCGAAAAAUACUCCACCGUCAAUAGAACCUGCCCCUAUGGACAGGAUGAAGUGCUGGAUAAGCUCCCAGUUUCUUACGUCAACAAUUUAAUUACAAGCGUGCUUCCAUUGCCUCACGGAGAUUAUGCUUAUCAAUUGACCUUUUAUUUAUAUAAUAAAAAGUUGGCUAUUGCAACUGUGUAUGCCUCUUUCAUGUAA